UGAGCAAGAAACAACUAAGCUUUUAAACAAGCUUUUUUUUUCUUCAAAUAAAACCCGUGUACAGGUGGGUGAAUGCUUUCUUAAUUGUGCGCGUAUGACCUCUGCUUGUCUGCAUGACUUGUUUCAAAGCACCUCUGAAAUCCCUGGAGAGAAGCAUCGUGAGAGCGCAAGUAUACACCUGUUCAGCAAGCCAUAGUCCCAAACAACAGACCCAACUGGACAAGACGACGGUUGGUUUCCUUAGCGACGGGGGCUCGUGGAAGUUGUCACGAAGCUCGAGCUAAGACGCUCACCUGAGUUGUCAUUCACAGUUAAUGAGACGGCGGCCUUUGUUUUUUAAAGGCAACGCACGAUGACAUACUUUGCUGUGCUUUUACUAUAGGAAGCUUUUAAAAGGGAGGUCUGUCCUGCUAAGACUGUGCCGGAGUAAUCAGCAGAAGCAGACAAACAAACAGGCAGGCAGCAGACAGGCAAGCAAACCAGAAGAAGGGCUGCACUGCAAACAGAACUAACGAGGAGGGUGAAUCACGCCAGUGAUUAGAAGAAGCUGGUAGAUCUGCUAACACUAUCAGGCAGAGGACGUUGCAGGCCGCUGUGUGGCAGUAUGAGGGAGCGUGGCUGUUAUACUUGGCAGGAGGAGUCAUCUGUCUGGCCGUCUGUCCGUGCUUUCGUCUCUGCGUUUUUAAAUAGAUAAGAGAGCCGUUUAUCCGACAGUAAAGGAACAUGGUAAGGACGCUCACUUUCACCUGGUAUCGACACUAUCAGAGUCUGGGUCUGUAAAGUACUCUGGCUGUAAAUCUAUGUUUACAUUGAUUAGACCUUCUGGGUAAACAGAGGAUUGUUAUUAGUACCCGUUUUCAAUGGAAAAGUGGAAUCGAUUUGCUGUUUAUUUAGGUGUCUUUUGGGUUUCGAACCCAGAUGCAUUUUCACAUGGAUUUCCUCGUACAGUGGUUUACAAACGCAUCAAGAUACUGUCAGUUUAAUUCACUUAUUAUUAUUUUUAAUUGAAAAUCAAACAACACAAAUACAUUUUUGAUUAAGCUUUUUAGUAAAGUACUAGGCUGUUUUACAAGGUUUUUUUUAUUUUCAUUUAGAUGUUUAAACCCUUAUAGCCUGAGUAAGUAUGUAUGUAUGUCACUAUUACAAAUUGAUAAAGUAUGCUGUGCAUGUAGGAUAUUUUUAGCUACUUUUUCAUGACACUGGUAUACAGCUAAUUUUAUAUUUACAGCUGUGUUACUGACAAACGUAUUAUUAUUAUUAUUAUUAUUAUUAUUAUUAUUAUUAUUAUUAUUAUUAUUAUUAAUAAUUAUAACUUUCCCCCUCAUGUCUCACAGGUCCUAUAAUCCCCAAUACAUGAAUUCAAAUCUUCAUGGUGAUAGAUGAAUUUGCAUUGGAUGCUGUAAAUUAGUGGAGAUGAGGGACUACAACCCCCAGAAUUCCUAGCAGGUUUUUGGCUUUUGGUCAAGAAUUGGCUUUACUACUGGACUACUGUGUGGAAAAGCAGACACCAGAACCAAAGCCAAUUUGUUUACAUUUUGACACAAGUGAAACAAAACAGAAAUUAGGUAGCGCUGUGUGUAUUUAUUUUAAAAACAAAAGAGAGAGAGACACACACACAAAAAAGGGAAGAGUGCAAAAAAGAAGUUAACAUAAUAAUUAUAACGUUUAUUCUAUUUACUUAUUUUGUAAUAGUUUUUUUUUGUUUUAACCUUUUACUUUCUAGCGUGGAGGCAGGCAGACAGGUAUACAGUCAGGUAGGUAGGCAGACAGGUAUACAGUCAGGUAGGUAGGCAGACGUUCAGGCAGGCAUGGGGGAAUGGAACGUCCUGGGCGAGCUGUUCAGCGCCCUGCAGGCCCACUCUCCAAUGCUGGGCCGGUUCUGGCUGCUGCUGAUGCUGAUCUUCCGGAUCCUGAUCCUGGGCACGGUGGCGAGCGACCUGUUCGAGGACGAGCAGCAGGAGUUUGUCUGCAACACGCUGCAGCCGGGCUGCAAGCAAGCGUGCUACGACGCCGCCUUCCCCAUCUCACACUACCGCUUCUGGGUCUUCCACAUCGUGCUCAUCUCCACCCCCGCCCUCGUCUUCCUGGUGUACGCCGUGCACCACGGCAACAAGCGGGAGGGUGCCGGGGAGGAGGAGGGAGGAGAGAAGGGCGGGAGGCCAGCCGGCAGGGCCCCGGGCUCCCAGGCUCGCUCGCUGUGGCUUCUCUACCUGAUCAACGUGGCUUUCCGUCUGGUGGCGGAGGUGGCGUUCCUGGCUGGCCAGUGGUGGCUGUACGACUUUAAGGUGGAGCCCCAGUUCAGCUGCACCAGGUUCCCCUGCCCCCACACUGUGGACUGCUUCCCCUCGCGCCCCAUGGAGAAGACCAUCUUCCUCUGCUUCUACUUCGGGGUGGGGGUGGUGUCCGCGCUGACCAGCGUGCUGGAGCUGGGGCGCAUCCUGUUCAAGAGGGGGUGCUGGUGUCGCCGGGGCAGGGGAGCAGCAGUAGGAGGGGGCUACGCCAGACAGAGCCACUUGACUGUGGAGCAGGAAGGAAGGGCCGGAAGGCACCAGAACCUGCCCCUCUUCCUCCAGGUCAUCCCAGACAAGACUCCGUCAGAGCAGCAGCAGCGCCCCUUUGUUGGGGUGCAGGGUCUGUACGGAGCCGAUCCACUCUCCUCUGAACAGGGGGUCCAGUUGAAGCAGGCCAGCCUGGGGAGCAGGUUUCUAAAAGAGAAGCUGACCAAAGCGGGUCUGGUUGUGUGAGUGCGGUGCCCUGCAGGGCUGUGCCAGCGGACAGAGGACUCGCUCAACUCCACAGCUUCACUGCACUGUGUUUAGUUUUCUUUCUACACAGCCGCAUAAGGGCUUUAGUCCGAAACGUCCUGAAAUUAAUAAAUAUAUUUUCCUUUUUAUAUGUAUAAGUAUAUAAGUUUUUGAUCAGAGCCGACUUCCCAACGUUUCAGUAUGUUUAACAUGCCUUUGUCAAGCGAAGGCGUGUUUGAAAACAAACAUUGCAGGUAUUUCUAGGCUUUUUGAUACCAUCGUAACCACACAUUUAUUUCUCUUUAAAUCUACUGUCUUUGUGAUGUCAUUCACUGUGUAGUUAUGAUGUAACGAUCUACUGAUCCUUUCUAUUUAAACCUGCAGGCAGUCUAUGUAUCCAUUUAUUUUAUUUUAUACUGUACAUUGAUCUAUUUUUUUUUUCUAAAACCACAAACUUUAGCUCAUCCAUGGUGUGUCUGUUCCUUGCUGAAUCGUUGGCUCAUUUUCUUAUUUAUUUCUUGUAUUUUUAUAGGUGGUUCUGUAUUCUCAUAUAUAAUGGUGUACCUGUCUCUCCUCCAGAUUUUAUUUUAUUACAUUUUAUGCAAAAUAUACCAUAUACAAGGUUGCUAUCCUUACAUGACAGAUUUUUUAAGACAUUAUAUAUAAAUAAUUGUUUUUGUUUAUAAUAUAUAGAGUAAAUAAGAAUAAUUCAUCAAUAUUUGUCAUAAAAUGAGUUUACAUUUUUUUUGUGAAUUUGGCAUUCAUUGCUUUUUGUGUAAACAUUUACAGGGCUUAUAAAAUAUACCCUGCACUCUCAGCAGCUUGAUGGCUGUGGCAAAGCGUUUCCUCUGACCCUGUCAGCACUCACCACACCGUGUUUGAGAAGCUUCAGGGCAGCACUCCCAACCUUGUCUUUCCAGGCAGUUGGCAAUCACAAGUUUGUCGCAGUGCCGUAUUGAUUUUUGCAUUGUAAUCCUCUACACCUGUAAAUCGCUUUGGACAAAGGUGACUGCCAAAUUAAUAAUAAUAAUAAUAAUAAUAAUAAUAAUAAUAAUAAUAAUAAUGUUUUUUUUUUGGUUUUGUUGAGUCAUUAAGACAUUGUGAGUUUACCUGUAUAAAACCUGUUGCAGUACAUUUCAGUGGUGAUGAAAUGACAUUGUCAUCAGCAUAACUUUCCCUGGUUUUAGUGGCUGGUUUCAUAUACCUUGUUUAUCACUAAUUGUGGACUCGCUUACCUGAAUUUUCAUUAAGUAGUCCAAGAUCAUGUAUCAUGCUUCGUUUUCUGUUGGUGUAUAAAAGAUAAUGCAGUACCGACACUGUCCUGGUGGGGUCGCUGCUGCGGGCCUGACUGAGACUCCGCCCCUUCGACUACACCUCACUGAGGCCCCUCCCCCUUUCAGACAAAAUGUAACAACGAACAUGCAUUGUGCAUUGUAACCUCAGAGUUUUUUUUCUUUAAAGCUGAGUCGAGUUUUUCAGCGUCGCAUGUACCGAACAUAAUAAAGUUUCCCAGAGCGAGAGGAGUCUGUUCAGCCCAUCACAGCUCCUCCAGGAACGAGCUGCUGACUUUUAUCAGAACUGUCAAGUCCUUAAAGGAUCCCUGUGAUUCUGCCUCAGCAACAUGGCUAGUUGGCAGUCUCCCGCACUGACACGUGGGGCAAAAUCCGAUGUGAGGGAAUGGGCCUGGACUCUGUAGCUUCGUCAUUAAGAAUUUAGUUUCUUUCUAUAUUUUGUUGUAACCAGCAGAGGGAAUGUGGGUGCUGAUGCAGUACACUUUCAUGUAUACUAGCUCUCUAUAUGGUAGAAGUAUUCAUUCAUUCAUUCAUUCAUGUAAAUCUUGAGUCUCUUUAUUUUUUUUACCUGCACUUGUAGUGAUUGUUGUCCAUGCUUGACUGUAUUUUAUAACUGAGGAUUUAUUUAAUUGUGUGUUCGUCUUUAUGAUGUAGUAGUAAUAAAAAGUUGUUUAUUUAAUGCCUGUGUUUUAUAAGGUAAGAACCGUUCAUCUUAAUCCAUCACAGCUACCAGUAUGCCAGGCUGGAUGUGAGCAGUCAGCUGCUGCAGCCUGGGGGAAGUGUUCUCACUGCCAAACACACAGAGGAAAUGUCUGUUUUAUUGAGUCAACAUGAUACAGAGCAGCCCACAGUUCAAAGUGUAGUCAUUCUAAAGUAAACUAUAGAACUCUUUGACAAAGACAACAUGUUUGUCAGAGAAUGUUUAGCAGUUUCUUUUACUGUUACUACUAAACAUUUCAUAUCGACAGUGCAAUAAAAUGAUUGCAGGGCUGGGCUGUGGAAGGAAGGUACUGAAUCACUGUCCAUCUUGGAGACCUGGA